AUGUUGCAUUUGGGGUGGGGGCUUGUUGGGGCUGCGGUGGUGCUUAAUUCUUCUUGGUGGUUUAUUGUGGUGGCGCAAAUUCUUUAUGUUUUGAGUGGUGUGUGUGGUGAAGCGUGGAGUGGUUUUUCUUUUCAAGCUUUUCAGAAUCUUAGGGGUUUUGUUCGUCUCUCACUUGCUUCAGCUGUUAUGUUGUGUCUUGAAGUCUGGUAUUUUAUGGCAUUGAUUCUAUUUGCUGGAUAUUUGGAGAAUGCGGAGGUUUCGGUUGAUGCAUUGUCUAUAUGCUCAAACAUAUUGGGAUGGACUAUCAUGGCAUCCUUUGGAAUGAACGCUGCCGUAAGUGUGAGAGUGUCAAAUGAAUUGGGAGCAUCUCAUCCAAGAGCAGCAAAAUUCUCACUUACAGUUGCUGUGAUUUCUUCAUUUCUCAUUGCUCUUAUUCUCUCAUUGAUUUUGAUAAUCUUCCGGGAACAGUAUCCGAUAUUGUUUUCAAAUGAUCCAGAAGUGAGAAAGGCAGUGAUUGAGCUAACACCAAUGUUGGCAUUGUGCAUUGUCAUCAACAACAUCCAACCUGUUCUUUCAGGAGUUGCCAUUGGUGCUGGGUGGCAAGCUUCUGUUGCUUAUGUGAAUAUUGCUUGUUACUAUAUUUUUGGUAUUCCUUUGGGACUCUUUUUUGGGUUCUUUCUUGACUUUGGUGUCUUGGGAAUCUGGUCUGGAAUGUUAUCAGGGACAGUUCUACAAACUCUUGUUUUAUUCUACAUGAUUUAUAGAACUGACUGGAAUAAUGAGGCAUCACUUGCAGAAGAAAGGAUAAGCAAGUGGGGCGGGCUUAAAGAUUUGAACAUCAGCGAAAAUGGCGAAAAUCGUCAAACAAAUUGA